AUUUCGGUUUAUUUACAUUUUUAGUCCGCGGUUAUAUCGAAAAUGUUUUUGUAAAAAUAGAUAGCCAAAAUAAUCAAUCAAGCAAUAAUUUACCAGAAUCUUAAUUUAUUACAAGGCUAUCGUGACCCGUGGUGAUUGAACUUGAUGUCGGAUUGACCGAUUUCAAUAAGAUACGAUUUCAUAUCAAUCGGAUUUGUUGACUGAUGUUAUGCAAAACACAUCAUUGACCUUCUAGGGCUUCUCGGGAUCGAUCGCUGAAAAAUGCUUCUAAGGCAAUUUGUAUCGGCAAGCAACGCCAUCGAGGAAAUCUACAUCGUGAAGCAAGAGAACGAAAGCGACGAUGAGGGGAAUCCACCUUUGGCAAAAAUGCUACCGGAAACAGGAACGGUUCCAGUUUCGAUGACUGCUACCGUUCCUUCAUUUAGUGAAACCGAUUUACCUCCUAUUGCAGUUGACAUUAAAAGUGAACCGGAGGAGGAGGAGGAAGUGGAUAUUAAAAAAGAACUGGUCGUUGACAAAACCGAACCAUUUCCGGAACUGAAUCCGGCUUCUGAAAUUAAGAGUGAUAACGAAGAUGAUAUUCCACUAGCGGUUCGUCUGAGGAAAUUGAAACGUUCAAAUUCAGUUAAUAAAGGAAAGAGACUAAAACACCAGGAUAGUUCUGAGACAGAUGAUGAACAUGAUGCCAGCGGAUAUAACGACGGCGACAAUUCUGUCAAUGGCGAAAGUGAUGACGAGAAAUGCUCUCGCCAGGAUUCCAACUGUAAUAUUUGUUUGACAAAAUUUCAAUCUCUAAGUGAGCUGAAAGUUCAUCUCCGCAAGACGCAUAACGAUAUGAUCCCGUUCCGAUGCAAACAGUGCGCAUCGAGUGAGGUAAAGUCGGUAUUUUGUCUCAAUCGGCACUUUGAGAUGCACGAUCUGGCCAAAUCCCAUAAAUGCAGCUACUGCGAGGCUCGUUUCUCAACAGGAAUCAACCGAACGGCUCAUCAGAGGCGGUUCCACAAGGUGGAUCUAGAGAACGACACCAUCCGGAACGCCAAUCGACGCUUCGUUUGUCGAUAUUGCAACAAGAAGUUCGCUGCCAAGUUCAACCUUGAAAGGCAUGAAAAGAACCACGAAAUGAAGAUUACCGACGAUGAGGAAUUUCUCAAUCGUCGCAAUAAAUGCUAUCUUUGCGAUUUGAAACCUUGCGAUACCAAGGAAGCGCUCAUCGAACACCUGAGCACUCACGUCGAUAAGCUGCCUUACAUGUGCCUCCAGUGCGAGGAACCGAACACUUUCACGUCCGUUCGGUUGUUGAAUAAACAUUUGGCAUCGCACGAAGAACCGGAGAAGCCCAUCAAGUGUGUCUACUGCAGCGAACGGUUUAUUUCGGUAGUUGCCUGCCACGCGCACGAGAGGACACACGUCCAAGAAAAGGAAGCCGAUGAGAAGGCCACCGCAAAAAUAGAAGCAGAGAGGAUUUCAACCAAAAUCAUCAUCGUUGAUGGGAUGAAACGCUACGAAUGUGGAUAUUGUGGGAACUCCUAUUCACUGUUGAGUACUCUCCGCAGACACGAGAACAUCCACACCGGAAAAAUUCAAUACGUUUGCAAAAUUUGCGGUAAAAUAUUCAACAAAUCUUCCUGUUUGCUGCAGCACGAGAGAACCCAUUCCCAGGAUGCGCCGUACAAGUGUGAGAUUUGCAGUCGUGGAUUCAAGGAAACCAUUCGGUUGAUUGAGCACCGUCGUAUUCACAGUGGAGAAAGGCCUUUCACUUGUCCCAAUUGCUACAAAAGCUUCCGCAUCAAGCCCCUUCUCAAGGAACACAUCCUCCUGUGCAUGGCCCCGGACAUCAGUUUAGAAUGUGAGUGUCGCUUCUGUUCCAGCGUCUUCGGCAGUUAUCGACAGCUUUCCGAGCACAUUCACCAGGAGCACCCGUUGGCAAUUGAAGAAACCAAGUGCGAAUUUUGCGAUCUGAAAUUCAAAGACAGUUUGCUGUUGACAGAGCACGAACAUAACCAUCGGAAUCCCAAUUCGAUCAAGUGCAAUGUUUGUGGCCGGAUCUUCAAGCAGCUUUCAAACUUGCGACGACAUCAGCGCCUGCAUAGCAAUGAUGCGGUUCCGUAUCAGUGCGACAUGUGCGGGAAAAGUUUUUCGCAGGCCGGUGCCCUCAAGGUUCACAAGAGGAUCCAUUCAGGAGAAAAGCCCUACAAGUGUGACUUGUGCGACAAGCAUUUCUACCACAGUUCAACUAUGAGUCGACACAAACGAUCGCACUACAAAUCCAAAAGCAAGCUGUUCUUAUUUAAUGAUGACGCUUUAACAUCUCACCCAAUCGAUGAGCCCCAAUUGGAAACGAAGCCCGACGUAACCAUAAUCACCAUUGCAUCGAUCAGCGAUUGCAUCAACGCGCAGACGAUUGUUCCCGACACGAUGCUCAGCAUCGAGCAACCAUCGUUGGCGAUUCCCGCUUCGGUCGAAGCUCACAAUCUGAUGGAGAUAGCUGAGAAUGCGCAAGUGCCUCACGAUGUUCGGCCGCAGGAGGUUCAGUUGUCUAGUUUUGAUAUGACCACCGAGCCGGGUAUCGUGUGUCCGACAGAUGUGGUGAAGACGUCGCUAGAUGAAGACGCAUCGCUGUAUGUGCUGGUUGGACAGCAAAACGCAACAAAUGAUUAUGUUCCGUUCGGAUCCCAGUGUGGCUGAAUGUUUUGAAAGGACCCAUCGAUCACUUAUUGCUGCUGGGUAUUUAUUUCACUAUAGCUGCUGAAUAAACAUCAGCAGCAACUCGUAAAUCUUUGAUUGUUUUUUUUUUCAUCAAGCAAAUUUUUACCAAUACUUUGUAUAUAGAUCAAAUGAACUACCAAUUUAUAGUUUAAUUGUUUUCUGAAAAUAUAUGUUCUAAUUAAA